AUGUCAAGAGCCAACUCUUGCAAAAUCCAUCCGAAAUUUACCAUAGAAUGGAUAAGAUUUUACAAUCAAAAUAUUGAAUAUGGUUGUAUCAAAUGUUUAAAUCAAUUAUAAAAUUGUGUUGGAAUUGAAUAUUUAAAAGAUGUAUACUGUUUGAAUAAAAUUAGAUUAUUGAUAAUCCAGAAAUCAUUAUACCUAAAUUACCGAUUGAUAAAUGGUAUAUCAAUUUUUACUAAAAUCUUAAUAACUUUUCUGAAACCCAACUAGAGUCUAUCUAUAAAUAAUUUGAAACCUCCUUAAUUCUUCUAAGUAAUUUAUUAAAUUAAUUUAUUGAAAAUGGAAGAAGUAACUUAUAAUAAUUCAUAAAAUAAUCUAAAGAAGCCAAAGAGUAGUUGAAAAAAGUAAUCAAUAAAUAAUAUUGUGAUAGGAAUUCAAAAUAAAUGAAAUUCAAGCUUUAAUCAAAUAGAUUGAAAAUCUAGAAAAUAAGAAUUCUGACGUUUAGGAUUAAAUAAAGAUAGAAUUAAUUGAAACAAUACAAAAUAUUAAUUUAGAUUUGAAAAAAUAAUAAAACAGCAAAAUAAACAAUAUUUUAAAGGAAACCUAAUUAGGAAUUAAUAAGUAUUAAUAUUUAAAUAAGUAAGAUUUAAUUUACAUUGCGAUAAAUAAAUUGAUUAUCUUUUAUCUAUAAUCAAAUCAGGAACAACUUAGUUGGAUUAAUUCUUAUAACAAUCUUUUGAAGCAAUAAAAAGUAAUAAUGUAUCAACUUUUUCCUUAACUUGUCAACAAAGUAAUAUUUAGAAUUUUAAUAAAUAACAACGUUAGAGAUAAAUUAUUGAUUAAAAGCAAAUGAAUUAUGAUUAACCAAAGCCUGAGUUACCAUAAAUAACUUACCCUUACUAUUUUUCACAUAUUUUGCCUCAAUAUUAUUUCAACUACAUUUUAAAUUAUGCUGAUAUCGAAAAAAAACUCUAUUAAAAUUAGCAAUAGUUUUUUUCAUAAAAUUUAAAUACUAAUCAAAUGAUUUGCUAUAGAUUUAAUCCAUAACAAGAAUUUAUAGUAAAAGGCAACUGUUUCUGGGAUUUUAAUAAUAGUAAGAAUAGGUUAAUGAUUUUUUAAUCUAACAAUGAAGGAAACCCAAUAUUUGGGUAUUUUUCAUCAAGUUGGAAAGAAUUUAUUUUUUCAUUUAAUCAUAAUGAAAUUUAUCCUAAAAAAGAAAAAAAAGAAGAUCUUUAAAAAAAUGGAUUAAUUUAUUUAGAAUAAAAUAUAUUAUAAAACAAUAAAAACUUUUCUGUGGGUAGUUUUGAUCUUCAAAUAAAUGCUAAUUUGAUUGAUGGAUAAUCAUUAUUGGGUUGUGAUUUCUAAUGGGAUAACUUUGAUGCUUAAAAAUGUUCUAAUUAUCUAUUUGGGGAAGUGAAGCCAAACAUUAAAGAAUGUGAAAUAUUUUAUUUUUGA